AUGCCCACCAUCGCCGCCACCCGCAACCUGCCACCACUGCCGCCACCCAGAAGGCCAUCGUUGCUGUCACCCACCUGUCACCGUUGCCACCCACUGCCGCCUCCACCACGACCAACCACCACCGUCGCCGCCACCCACCUGGCACCGUUUCCACCCAUUGUCGCCUCUGCCACGACCAACCAUCGCCGCCGCCACCACCACUCGCCGCCGCUGCCACCCACCCGCCACCGUUGCCACCCACUGCCGCCUCCGCCGCGACCAACCACCACCUCCGCUGCCAUUACCACUCAGUGCCGCCACCCACCACUAUCGUCGUCGCCACCACCCGCCACCGCCACUACCACCACUAGCCAGCGCUGCCACCAAUCACCACCGCCACACACCACCAACGCUCGCCGCCGUCACCACCCACCAAUCGCCACCACCCGCAACCUGCCACCAUCACCUCCGCCGCCUCCCACCCGCCAUUGCCUCCACCUCCACGGCCACCAACCACCACGACUCACCAUCGAUUUUAUUUCAUUCGUCUUUUUUUUGCCUACCAACAAUACACGAAAAAUGACAACAACAAUCACCAAGUUUGCUCACUUACAAAUCCCACUUGAAGACGUAGUAAAGGCCACCGACAAUUUUCAUCAUGAUAACAUCAUCGGACGCGGUGGAUUGGGACAUGUAUACAAAGGACAACUCCAGCGGUCCGGGGAGUUGAUCAAGAUUUCUGUGCUGAGGUUAGAUAGUAAGCACGGUGGAGGAAUCGUCGAGUUCUGGACCGAAGUUUCAAUGCUUUCUGAUCUCAAGCAUCCAAAUAUAGUCUCUAUUGUUGGAUUUUGUGAUGAAAAAGAUGAGAAGAUCAUCGUAACCAUGUAUGAGGCCAAAAACGGAAGUCUCAAGGAGCAUCUAAACAACCCGAACCUCACAUGGAUGCAAAGAUUGAAGAUAUGUGUUGGCGUGGCUCGCGCGUUGAGUUACCUCCAUUAUGACCAGAGCCGUGGUUAUGGUGUUAUACAUCUUAACAUCAACAGCUCGACAAUUUUAUUAAACGAGAACUGGGAACCCAAGUUAUCCGGUUUUAAAGUUUCCAUCAAACAAUCGCUUAACCGAAUGGACCAUGUCAUCCUUUCUGAACCUAUUGGCACAAUAGGGUAUUUGGACCCAUAA